AUGCCUGGAUCUGAGACCAGGUCAGCCGCAUCUCACUUUCACCUUGCUUUCACCUAUGACCAAGUUGUGUUUCAUGACCUGAAGGAGGCGAUCAAAACCAACAAAUGUUGCACCGGUAAACACUACAAUGCCGCCGACCUCCUUCUCUAUAAAUUAAACGAGUCCCUGCCCAUUGCCCCUACAAGCGAUCUUGCUCGAAGCAUCGCAAAUAAGGGAGAUAUUGAACGUUUUGCUGUUCUUUUAGAGGAGCCUACUCAUAGGUUGCUGGGGGGUGUCUUCCCAGGCGAAGUUGACGAUAUGAGGCUUCACCUUCUUGUGAAGCUUCCACUUGCUCUCUCCUUUCGUGAAGAAGAGGAUGACGAACCCCCUGCCAAACGAGCACGUCUCGAAAGCCUUCAUCCCUCGGCUUUGAAUGACGAGGAAUACAGCUUCUACAGACAAGCUUUGGUCGACAUUGCCGGCGUCCCGGAGGGUAAAGGCGAUGAAUACUACGAAAGAAUUGUUGUAGGCAUUCGAGAAGUCAGGGCUUGGCUCCUAGGACGAUUCCCUCACGUUCUAUCGUCUCAGAUCGAUACGAUCCUCAACUAUUUUUCUCCGACCAUGGAUCGAGGCGAUACCUUGUCUGGCGGCCAAUUUCUUGCUGCCUUGAGAUUGGUCAGAUACGCUGGGCAGGGGCAGGAAGAGGGGAUCGACCGAGCCCUCGUCUUCGUUCAGCCCCAUUCGACCCCUGCUGAACGGCAAUCCCGACAUGAAACAAGUCAACCGCUGGCAGGACUGUCCCGUUUGAGGAGUCCAAUUUCGGAUCAGAAAGGUCCAGAGGCCGAAGCUGUCCUCGACUGCCCUCCUCGAGGGAUUGGUGCAUGGCUCAUGGAAAUCCAUCGAAAGAUCUGGAAUCAAAAAGACCAACAACAGAAUCUGUUCCGCACUGUCAGACUUGAGUUCAGCGAUUAUGAAAGAUUGGAAAGGCGUCUUGCAGGGCUUCGUUCGGGUCGCCGGGAGGCAGCUGACUCUGCUGAUAUCUUACGUGUCAAACUCGCGUUUCUCCAGUCUAUCUCCUCAGUCACCCCCGACCCUCGUAGUGAGGAGAAAGUCGGGGACAGUUGUGAUCUUCAUGAUGAACUUCGCGCCUUUUUCCCGUUCACACUUGAAUACUUGGAUACAUCCAGUUUGGAACUCCGGGUUUCGUCACCUCGAAUACCAGUCCCGCUUCUCAUCCGGCAAGAAUACCACGCUCUCUCUGGACUGUUGGGCGAACUGCCAGUGGAAUGCGCCGGUUCCGCAAUCAUUACCGGCCAACCAGGCACGGGUAUAGGCAAAACUGCAUACCUUUAUCUCAAAAUGAUCGAAUUUAUGAUCGCAGGCAUUCCAUUUUUAUUUCAAACCAUGGAGGGCAUUGUGUAUCUGGUUCAAGAAUCCAUCGCAGUAGUUAACUCCUGGUUGGGUGGACACAUUGUCGCCUUCUGUGAUGCAGAUGGCCUUUCAAGUCGACCAUCGCAGUUCAUACUUGAAAGUCACGAUAUUCAAAUUAUAGCCAUGUGUCCACCAGAAGGUGCGUCUCAGAAAUGGAUGGAGGAGAUGGGUGGCAUGUCACAUGUGAUGAAAUACGUAACCACGUUGUGGUCGCCUCAGGAGCUUUUCUCUGUUGGAAUGUUUCUCCAUCCCGAGGACCUCGUCUAUUCACACCUUCAAGAAUCAACGACCUACUUUGGUCAUAAUCCUCGCAAUUGUUUUUUUGCUAGCGCCAGUCCUGAGAAUUUAGUUCAACUCAGGGAGAAUACCCAAAAAAAAGUCCAGGACAUCCCGGUUCUAGAACCUGAUUUGUUCCGGAGGUUGUGCCGCCAGACCUUUCCAUAUGAACCGCUUUUCGACUCUGUAUUUCAUCUGUUCCCGAAAAAUGAUAUGCGCCUAUAUGACGAGGCCGAGGUAGCGGCGGUUUCCCCAUGGGCUUUGGAUGUCUUGCUCAAUGCGUACGAGGGUCGACAGGCAGGGGUUGCCUUCCAAUUCUACAAAUGGGUCGUCACAUACCCUUAUGCGGCGACUCUCCAGGAUCAGAUAUUCAAGAGGCAGGUAUUGAGGUACUUCGGUAGUCUCAAGGGAGCAGAGCAGUUCACUAUCCGCUCUCUAGCGGAUUCUACCGCCUCCCAAUGGGUGUAUCCUGGACCUACUGAGGCUUCCUCGCUCCAAUCAUCCACUGCCACUCGGUUGCUUCACGAUGCCGUUGCGCACAAGAUGCCUUUACACCUGGUUUCUCAAGAUCGAAAUUUCCCUUCAAUCUUCUACAAUCCUGGUGAAGCGCUGGCUGGUAUUCGAUUCGCUACCAAAACAGAGGAUCCUGUGCCCGUCGUUGGUCUCGAACGAGUGCAAGCGUGGCUCCAACGAAGUGCUAUUCUUUUGGACCUUCGACCUUCAAUUUCGGGCAAACACUGGCGACUCAUAUUUGUGGUGCCGGACAACAUAGCUACGAGGUUGAUGACACAGUCUUUUAUAGGUGAUACAGCAACUUGGGUAGAUGGUGCCUUAACACAGCGAGACUCGAGCAGCUUGCCAAAAGAUGGCAACGGGGCGAAGGCAUCCUCUAUCGAUGACGGUCCGAAGGGCUCCGACGUGGUUGAUGUCCGGUUGAAGGGCACGGAGGGGACUGUACGAAAGGGGACAGUGUUAGGACAGGAUCAAUCUGGCCAAGCCAUGGAGUUGGAUGAAGCUCGGAGCCGCAGUAGACAAAGGAUCACGGGUGAUCUUGAAUGCGAGUCGUCUUUUACAAGCUUCGCUUAUUCUGACGCCAUGGAGGGUGAGAUCCUCGAUGUGACAGGAAGAUCGGGGGAUAAAAGCCGCAAAUGGGUCAAGCGAGAAAAGUCUCAAGUCGUACAGACGGUGAUUGCGAGGGUUCGAGCCCUAGGCUACAUCAACGUCAUCCGCGUCAAGGCGGAAUGUGUCCAAGAGUGUGGAAUUGCGCCAGAUACUGGAAAGACUCUGCGGGCGAUCCUUCGCACGCUCAAGCCACAGCUUGAGCAAUUCUACUCGAGGAAAUCGCCCGAGCUUGUCAAAGUGCGUGCCGACGGCUAUGGAGGCCCAUAG